AUGUUAAAGCACAAAGCAAAUUGUCCAGCUCAGCUCACAAUUAGUGAUGUUGUUAUUAUGUGCCAUUCGAAACGGUCAGCCAGCCUUUCCUCAUUGACAUCACUGAAAGAGAAACGCAACAAGAUCGUUGAAUUAUAUGUUGCUGGCGACGCGCUUUUUCCAAUAUAUUAUCAGCUACAAGGCGUAGGUACCCGAGAAGCUGCGUUUGGCAGGAUCAAAUCCAUCGUUAAUGCUGCAGAUGCCUUGUACAACAGUGUUGGCAUAUAUUUAGUUCUUGUCGGUUCAGAAGUUUGGGAUUCACAACAGUUUACCGUAUAUUCCAACAUAUCACUAACUUUAGAAAAUUGGUACAAAUACAAAGCAGACUAUCUCAACGGCAACGUUACAAGCCACGACAAUGCAGCCUUAAUUUCGUUAGUUUUUUUUUAUAGUGGCAUUCAAUUUGGUGAAAAUUUACGAAUGAAAUGGCUAAUUUCAAAAAAUAGUGGAGAAAAAUUUGAUUUGGAUAUUGUUGGACUGGCCACCUUGGGCUCGAUGUGUGAUUCUCUUAACUCAGGAGCGGUGAUUGAGGUAUAA